AUGGCUAAGUGUCUGGUUGCUGCGGCGGUGGCCCAGGGGUAUGGUGUCCCUGUGGUUGGUGCUAUGUCCUCUUUGGUGGAAUUGGUGAUGCCGGGUGGUAGUGGGGGGAUGAGGUAACUUUAGGAGGGGGGAAAAAUCCCGCAACUGCGGGUGAGACAACGCUCAGCAAGUCCGACCAAUAGUGUGGUCUGGUUCUCCUAGACUCACAAAGAGUGGGGGGCGGCUUCGAGUGUCUCCAUUCAGUAAAUAGAGUCACUCUAGCCUUAGGGCCCAGUCGGGGCUGCUGGGAAGCCAUUGGUUUAGUGAGGCAGCAUUUCUCAUGCCAUGACUGUGCUGCAGCGUAAGCUCAUGCUUACGGUGGUUUGAUCCACUAUUAAAGAGUGUUAAGGCUGACCGCAGAUCACGGAGGCAAAGUAAACAUGAGAUACUUCUUGACCAUAGAAAAAUAUGCACAUAAACAUAUAAACCUUAAAACAUUAAACAAUAAGACAUCUCUCUCAAGCGAAGAUAUAUAGUGUGUAAUUAAGUAUAAUGCCCUCCUUGGGCGGGCGUCCGUCCCAGGGUAUGCCUGUGUUUUGCUAACAUGGGCCCUUCUAGGAUAUUUAGCAAUCUAACCGUAGUGGGUGUUGGCUAUAAACAGCUGAAUGUACUACUCUGAGGUCUAACCCUAGAAGAGUAUAUAUAUAAAAACCUUGAGUCGUCGCAUAUGCUAAGGCGUAGUAUGUGCCUUGGUAUAAGGUGCCCUACAACUAAAGGUUUUCUGCUUUGAAGCAUGACUAUGCUCAAGUGCUAUGCAAUUGCUAUUUUUAUUUUUAAUAAUUUUUUUUCCUUUUAUUUUUAUUAUUAUAAUAUUUUUUUAUGCAUUCUGUUUUACUGCUAUACAUUCUUAUGAGCGGUUUUGCUAAUCGGGCAAUGCCGGGUUCUAACUUUAAAGUCUAGCACAUUAUAACUAAAUGUACAGCUCGCAUGAAACAUAAGUGGGAACCAUAGAACAUCUCUCUAGUAAGAUCAUAGAAUGUGCAUCGAUAUACCAAGAGGUCUGUGUGGGUAGCUGGGAUUAACUCCUGGAACAGGUCGGUCAGGUAUUUGUGCAGUUCUGUGGCUUGAACUGAUUCUGGUAUGCCUCUGAAACGAAGGUUGUUCCUUCUGGACCUAUCUUCCAGAUCUGCGACUUUACGUUUCUGGGUCACUAACGAGGUCUCUAGUUCUUGUAGUUUGUCUGCAAGGCUGUUAUGGGCCACUGCAAAGUCAUCCAGUGAUUUCUCUACAUGGGCUGUCCUGAUCCCAAUCUCUAACAGCUUCUUUCUGAGAUCUGUGGUAAGCUCAUAAAUUUGCACUUUGUCAGAGAGCUCUGCCAUCAGGGCUCUCAUCCCUGCAACUGUGAGGGGGCCUUCCUUUGAGGCUGAGCUCGUAGAGGGUGGGGGGGAGGGUUAAACCUCGCCUGAGCGCUGGUCGCUGCCAUCUUGAGCCUAAGCUUCUCUAUUUUUUCCCGCCGGAGCUCGUGUGAGGAAGAAGGAGGCUUUCUCCAUUCUGGGCGUUUUCCCCUUGCUUCUAUGUGCCAUGGUGGGGGUAAGUAUACUGCUUGCUGCCGUUGGGUGGCUUGUAGUGCCAAUUAUUCGUGCCCCUAGAGACUCGGGCUGCGGGAGCUUCACAUAGAUGCGGCCGGUCCCAUCGAGCUCCAAGCCACGCCCCCCGAAAUGAUGCAUUUUUUUAUUAUUUUUUUUUUGUCCUACCAGAAAAGUGUAAGCCUUUCUCCAAAGAGAAGAUCUCUGCUUCACUAAAACUUAUGUAAUUAAGAGUAUAUAUAUAAAAACCUUGAGUCGUCGCAUAUGCUAAGGCGUAGUAUGUGCCUUGGUAUAAGGUGCCCUACAACUAAAGGUUGCAUUUAAUUAACUAAUGCAAAAUAAGUACAAUAAAAAUACUGUUAGUUGACCAUUAUGCAUACAGUGAAUAUUAAUUGCUAGCUGACCCACCAUGUGAAUAAGAAAAAAGAGAAUAUAAAGAUGAAUGUAGUGAAUGUAAAAUAAAAUUCACUAAAUUAAUUAAUUUAAAUAAAUACUGCCUAGGCAUUCAGAAAAUACUGCACGCAGGCUGUAACAGUUGUAAGUUGAAAAGUCUAUAAUUCAGAAUCAAUGAACAUUCUCCAACACUAUAUAGAAUGGAAAGAGGCAGGCAAACCCUUUUGACCCUAAAGCUUGCAUCUCUUUUGUUAAACAAUUGCAGAACAAGCUCUGGGCAACAUAUAUAAACCAGAGUUUGUGCAACACUCAUGCACUAAAGUCCAGGAUCUACAUUAGAGCCAAAAUGGGAAAGGUAAUCUAUGAAUGGAAAUUCUAAGUACAUAAACAAAGUAUUAAUGUAUUAUUAUAUAAUUUUUUUUUAUCUUGUGUAUGAAGAGGUAAAAUUAUUUGUUUAAUUACAUAGUAAUUAUUCAAUACUCUUGUUAAAGAAGGCACUUUUUUGAGUAAAAAAAAAAGUAGAUGUGUGGAGGAUAUCAAAUUUCUUUCUAAAAAAAACCUAGAAGAAAGUCAUCAAAAAUGCUUGGUAUGUACAAAAAAAGUAAACUCUGUAUUUUUUAGUAAAUUAGAAAUUCCAUUAGAAAGGAAAUAGGAAAAAAAUAUUACUUUCUUAAUAUUUAUUAGAGUAUUUCUUCUUUAGCAUAGAUUUAGGUCCCCCAUUAAAAUAAAAAAGAGUAAAAAAAAAAAAAAACUUUAAACUUAUCUGUAAUAUAAUACUAGGACUAUCUCCAUGCAUUUUGUUUUACACAAAUGUAGCUGCCAUUUCUGUCUAUGUGCAUGGUGUAUGUAGUUUUCAAUAAAUACCUGUUGAAUUUGUCAACUCAAAUAUAUGAAAACACUAAAGGUAGUUUGCUCAGAUGUUUGCAGGUGAUGUGUGCAUGCACAAGUAAACCUUUUUAUAGUGUACUGGUUUAGAUACUAUGGUAAUGUACUAGUUUAGAUGCUACGGUAAUAAACUGGACUUGAAUUAUGUCAGAUUUGAAAAAUUGUAACCACCAAGUAGUGCUCAUCACCAGUGGAGGAGCACAUGGGUAAUGUGAAAGUUAAAACGCAAAUGGACCAUAGAAUCUGCUGAAACUUUUCAUCUGCAACAUUUACCAGCUUUUGGCACUAACAAUCUUGAAUGGCUGCUUUUUACCAUCAAAGAUGCAAAAGAGUCAACUGUUCCUUUUUACAUGGAUUUACUUUAAGCGUGGUACAGUCCUUGCCUAGGUUAUUAACUCUUUGUCAAUAUCCAAUCCUCUUGCAAUGACAUUGUGAGGAUUACUAAUCUCGGAAUCAAUCGAUUGCUUCUCAUAGAAAAUGAUUGUGGACCUACAGUGCAUACAGGACAAUAUCCACGCUUUAUCAAAUUGAUGCUUGGAGAAGCAAUUAAUUCAGUGCUUCUCUGGAAAAGUAUGGUUAGGAGGAUAAUACAGCUUACAGAGAAUCUUCAGUUAAUUUACUUGUUGUGUGAGCAAAUACAGUUUUUCCUUUUUACACUUUAUUGAAUUUAUUUCCACAAUUUGACUGAACUGUUGUUUUGAUUCAGUUUUUUUUCCCCUUUCACUUUUGGUUUCAGAUCAUCUUCUACGAGGACAAGAAUUUCCAGGGCCGUUCCUUUGAGUGCAGCUCUGAUAAUUCAGACUUGCACUCACAUUUUAGUCGUUGCAAUUCCAUUAAGGUGGAGAAUGGAAACUGGAUUGUAUAUGAGCGUGCAAACAACCAGGGGCACCAGUACUUCCUGAAGAGGGGAGAGUAUCCUGACUUCCAGCACUGGAACGGCUUUAAUGAUUCCAUCAAUUCCUGCCGAAUAAUUCCACAGGUGUGUAGAGAUCCUUAGCUCUAUGUAAAAGUAGUCAUCAGUGGUGUGAAUAAUAAUUCUUAGCGACAUUUCUUCAAACUCUAUUUGUAACAAUAAUGACUAACAUAUAUGUGAGCGUACUGACUAAUAUCAAGUUACAACUGAAAAAUAUGAAUCAAACAUAAAUAUUGCUAACUGCAUGAAAUUUGUUAAUUGCUACAUUUCAAAAAAUGUUCUCCUUAUGACCGCUUCAUUUCGGGCUUUAGAAAACAGAAUAACAAACACUAUCAAUUCUUUCUGAAAAAAAAAAUAGAAUUUAUUUUUACUCUCACCAUGUUUUGUCUUCAGACAGGCCUAAAUAUUCGAUUUUUAAAUCCCAGAUUCAUUGGCUUUUUAAAACUCUGAAUGCCAAUGGUCCUUUGAAUACUUAAGGCUUAUAGUUAUUCUAACAGCUUUGAAAAUCAUGGUUUAAAAUGUAAAUAGACUGCCAGCUGAGAAAACCAGUUGACAAGUGGAGAAUUGACAUUUUAGGCUAAAAUGGCAAAAAUCUACAAUUCAGUUAAUUCUCCAGUUACGAUUGUUGGCAUACAUUUAAUGAAGUUUCACUGAUUUCAGUAGUCAUAUGCACUUUGGAAAAUAAAUCUUCUCACUUUAUAUGUAUAAUUGACUGAUAUGAAUGGGUUAUUUUAGUUAAUAUUUUAAAACUGUAGAUCUUUUUAACUUCAAAAUAGAAACCACUGAAAUAUGUUACUUUUUAAAAACAAGGUGUCUAAAUAUGUUGUUUAUGUGUUUUUUAUUAUUUGUUUUGCAGUAUCGUGGGGCCUUUAGGAUAAGAAUUUACGAGAAAGAAGAUUUUAGAGGUCAUACAUUGGAGUUUACUGAGGACUGCCCAAAGGUUCAGGAGGAAUUUAAUUAUAAUGACAUCCAUUCAUGCAAUGUACUCGAAGGCCAUUGGAUCUUCUAUGAGCUGCCAAAUUACAGAGGAAGGCAGUAUUAUCUUAGACCUGGAGAGUACAGGAGAUUCAGUGAGUGGGGUGCCAUGACUCCAAUGGUUGGUUCCUUCAGAAGAGUUCAGGAUAUAUAUUAA